AGAGAAUGGCUGAAGCAAUUCCAACUUUCCCUGGGAACAUCCUCUUCUCAACCUCUCCUUCCAUCUCUCGUCUCUCUCCUCUCCUUCUCCGCCCCUCACAAACCCACAAAAGACAAACAGUCGCCGGCAAUUCCCCCACCGGAGUCCGCUGUCAAGCAGUGGGGUCGGAAGCUACACCGGCAGUGGCCAAAACGAAGAAGAAGAAUAGAUAUGAAAUGGAAAACUUGACAACAUGGUUGUUGAAACAAGAACAGGCUGGUCACAUAGACUCUGAGCUUACCAUUGUGCUCUCCAGCAUCUCUUUGGCUUGUAAGCAGAUCGCUUCGCUGCUCCAAAGGUCUGCCAUUAUCAACGUCACAGGGGCUCAGGGCACCGUUAACAUUCAAGGCGAGGAUCAGAAGAAACUUGAUGUUAUAUCCAAUGAGUUGUUCUGCAACUGCCUAAGAUCCAGUGGACGGACUGGAAUUAUAGCGUCGGAGGAAGAAGAUGUACCAGUUGCAGUUGAAGAGACUUACUCCGGGAACUACAUUGUUGUGUUUGACCCCAUUGAUGGAUCUGCCAACAUUGACACUGCCCUAACCACUGGAUCUAUAUUCGGCAUAUAUGGUCCUGAUCAGCAAUGCCUUCUUGACAUUGAUGAUGAUUCUACGCUCGACCAAGCCAAAGAGAAGUGCAUUAUCAGUGUUUGUCAACCAGGCAGCAACUUAUUGGCUGCUGGCUAUUGCCUGUAUUCAAGCUCAGUAGUCUUCACACUCUCACUAGGUAAAGGGGUGUAUGCAUUCACAUUGGAUCCAGCAUAUGGAGAAUUUGUAUUAACCCUUGAAAAUAUUACGAUACCAAAAUCUGGGAAAAUUUACUCUUUCAAUGAAGGAAACUAUGAUUUGUGGGAUGAUAAACUGAAGAAGUACCUUGACCACCUGAGGAAGCCAGGCCCUAAUGGCAAGCCAUAUUCCGGCCGUUAUAUAGGCUGCCUUGUAGGUGAAAUCCAUAGAAUGUUGUUGUGUGGUGGUAUCUAUGGGAACCCCAAGAACAAGAACAGCAAGAAUGGAAAUCUUAGGCUCUUGUAUGAGUGUGCACCAAUGAGCUAUUUGGUAGAACAAGCAGGUGGGAAGGCAAUUGAUGGUCACCAGAGAAUACUUGAUAUCAAGCCAAUGCAGAUUCAUCAGCGUACCCCUAUCUUCCUUGGAAGCCCAGAUGAAGUAGAGGAACUGGAGAAGUGCUUGGCUUAAGAAGUCCAAAUUCUAGACAUUCCAGCUGCCUAUUUCAAUAACCGGAACAAAGGAAAUGCUGAUUGUUUCAUGAUUUUGUUUUAGACUUCAAGCACGUUCUUGCAUAUAACGAACAAAGCAUCAUUCUAUGAACAAUUUCAAGGAAAAAAAUUGGUGCCACAAUAUUUGCCUGACUUGCUGAUGUACAUUCAACUAAAUGGCACCAAAGAAAAGAACAGUAGAAAUUACUCCAAAAAGACAAGUGAGCAUAUAUUAUGUUUAGAGCUG